AAGUAGAGUGAGAGAGAGAGAGAGAAGAAGAAGAAGAAUGAAGAUGAGCAGCAACGUAAAAGCAAUGGUGAGGGUGAUUUUCCUAGUGGCAUUCAUUGGGUGGUUGAUGAUUUGGGUUAUGUUGCCAACAAAACUUUACAAAAACAAAUGGACACCCAACCUAGAAACCAAGCUCAGUUCUACUUACUUUGGUGGACAAGGGGCAAACCUAUUGCUUUUUUCUUUCCCCGUCAUGUUCAUAGCUGCUUUUGGUUGCGCUUAUCUCCAUUUUCAAAACAGAUCCACACACUUUAAUCACUCCAAAAGUGCUACCGCCUUGUUGAAACGACCGGUGCUGGUAACGGCUCCCGUCGGAAUCGUUUCGGCACUGGAGCUAACUUUUGCGGCCAUGUUUGUGGCUCUCUUGAUCUGGUCCCUUGCAAAUUACUUAUACGUUAGCUUUGGACACCUCCACAUGCAUAAACAAGGCGAGAAAAUAUGGGAAGCUAAAUUCCGAAGUGUAUCAUUAAGGCUUGGGUACAUAGGGAACAUAUGCUGGGCAUUCCUCUUCUUCCCUGUAACAAGAGGAUCAACACUGUUGCCUCUAGUUGGACUGACAUCAGAGUCGAGCAUCAAGUACCAUAUUUGGCUUGGACAUGUCUCUAACAUCCUUUUUGCUGCUCAUACUAUUGGUUUCAUUAUCUACUGGGCCAUCACUGAUCAGAUGGUUGAGAUUCUGGAAUGGAGCAAAACUUGGGUAUCAAAUGUAGCUGGAGUUAUUGCAAUUGUAAUUGCAGUACCGAUGUGGGUGACAAGCUUACCUCAUUUUAGACGAAAGAAGUUUGAGCUUUUCUUCUACACACACCAUCUCUACCUUCUCUACAUCAUCUUCUACGUGCUGCAUGUUGGCGAUGCUUAUUUCUGCAUGAUCCUUCCUGGUAUCUUCCUUUUCCUCAUUGAUCGAUACUUAAGAUUCUUACAAUCCCGACAACGAACCAGAUUGUUGUCUGCAUGUGUCUUGCCAUGUGGCGUUGUUGAACUCAACUUCUCCAAGACACCAGGAUUGUAUUAUAAUCCGACCAGCAUCUUGUUUGUAAAUGUGCCUAGAAUUUCGAAGCUGCAGUGGCAUCCUUUUACAGUAUCUUCCAAUUGCAAUAUGGAGGACGAUCAGCUCAGCGUGGUGAUCAAAACGCAAGGGACGUGGUCUCACAAGCUUUAUCGAGAGAUCACUUCAUCUUUGGAUCAUCUUCAAGUCUCAACUGAAGGACCCUAUGGCCCUAAUUCAUCUCAUUUUCUCAUGCAUGAGUGUCUGGUUUUGGUGUCCGGAGGCAGUGGCAUUACUCCCUUUAUCUCCAUAAUCCGAGAGAUAAUUUUCCAAAACCAGAAGCCAAAUUUCAGGGUUCCACGAGUUGUUAUGAUCUGUGCCUUUAAGAACUCGGCAGACCUUGCAAUCCUAGAUCUUCUGGUUCCAAUAUCGGGUAAUCCUUCACAAAUAACCCAGAUUCAAUUGCAGAUUCAAGCAUACAUCACUCGAGAGAAAGAGCAGCCGAAGGCUGAAACCCAGAAACCUGUUCAAACAAUUUGGUUCAAGCCAGGCCCCUUUGAUUCACCCAUUGCUGCAACACUAGGCCCCAACAAUUGGCUAUGGCUUGGGGCAAUAAUCUCGUCAUCAUUCGUUAUGUUCCUUCUUCUUUUGGGCAUUGUCACUCGUUACUACAUAUACCCCAUUGAUCACAAUACUGAUCAAAUCUACCAUUUCUCUUAUAGAGCACUUUGGGAUAUGUUUCUCGUUUGUGUUUGCGUCUUCAUUGUUUCUAGUGCAGUUUUCGUCUGGUGCAAGAAACAAAAUACAAGGGAAGGGAACCAAAUCCAGAACACUGAAAUAGCAACGCCAAUAACAUCACCAGGGGCGCCAUGGUUUUCUGGUGCUGACGAUAGAGAGCUCGAAAGCCUUCCCCAUCAGUGCCUCGUCCAAGCAACCGAGAUCUGUUUUGGUUCAAGACCUGAUUUCAAGAAAAUACUAUUCGACUUAAAGGAAUCUGAUGUAGGAGUUCUUGCAUGUGGACCGAGGAAGAUGCGGCACGAUGUUGCUAAAAUUUGUGCAUCUGGAUUAGCUCCAAACCUUCACUUUGAGUCCAUUAGCUUCACCUUAUGAUGAAUAUCUGUAUACAUUAUUUGCUCAAUGCUAGAGGUGGAUUAUGUAAAAUAU